GCCUUCUCUAACCAACAAGUGGUAUCAGAGCCCAUUAUCACGCAUUUGGGACCUAAAUUACGAUGGGAGAUAAGGAGGACUCUGGUGGAGGUGAUACUUCAGUCCAAGGAGGCAGCUCAACCCAAGAUUCUGGCAUUGCAGCGCAACGGGGAGCGCGUACAAGCCAGGGGUCACUGCUUAAGGAGGUGCUGAAGAGCUUCACCAUUGAGAAGUUCUCUGGAGAUGGCUAUGAUGAUUGGGCAUGGAAGAUGCAGCUCUACUUUCGACAAAUUGGCCUCUUGAAGCUCAUGAUUGGAACGGAGCCCAGGCCAAAGGAAAUGGCAGAGCAAGCGGACUGGGAUGAACGUUCAUCUGCUGGGUAUUAUCUACUGUCACAAAGCUUGGAGCUGAACCAGAGGCAUCACAUCAUGCAUCUGCUACCGGAAACUGAUUGUGGGCCCAAGGCAUGGGCAGUGCUCAAGGACCUGCACGCUCCGACAUCGGUUGCCGCUUCUCUCAUGCUGGAUCGGGAGCUGUCCAUGCUGCGGUUGAGCGAGAAUGAACCUGUGCAGCCCGUUCUGGACAAGAUGAGGGAACUCUACGCGAAAUUGGCGAUUGCGGGCAUCACGUACCCUGAGCAGACUAAGUGUCUCAAGAUGCUCAGCCUGCUGCCGGAGUCUUGGCUGCAAUUUAUAAGCGGACUCAGCUUGCCACAAAACCAAAGUCAAUGGACAUUGGAGUGGAUUCGCACCAAGAUUCUGGAAGAAGAUUUUCGUCGCUACACACUGCGCGGAGGUGAUGACAGCACCAGCGGCUAUGCCAUGCAAGGGACAUGGAGGGAUCGAGGGCGUGGCAAUCGCGGUCGCUCUUACUACAGCCAAGGUGGUCGCGGGACUUGGAACCAGCGGGGGCGUGGUGGCGCUGGUGCAAGAGGAAGAGGUGGUCACUCCAACAAUGACAACAGUGAACCACGCUUGAGGGGAGAGUGCUGGUAUUGCAAGGAAGAAGGGCAUCCAUGGUUUCGCUGCUCUACCAAGCCCGACUGGUGGACCCCUUGGAACCAAUCGCAAAAGGGGAAUGGAGGAAAGCAACCACGUGGAGGUGCCAACAUGGUAGCUGAUCCUGCUGAAGAAACCUCCAAGGAUGACAGAGGAAUGGGAAAUGAGGAGAGGAAUGCUGGACAGUUCUACCAUGUGUGUGACAAAGAUGACAGUGGCACAGCUGUUGCAAGGGCUGGAGAGGAAUUGCACCCGCUUGACAUGUGGGUCAUGGACUCUGGUGCUGCAUGGACAAUGACACCACGCAAGGAUUUGCUGGAUGCUGUGCGAGCGCCUCCAAUCUCUGAAGUGCGCUCAGCAUCCGGACAUGCAGUGAAGGUCGCUGGAGUUGGUCGAGCUGCAUUCAGAGCACCUGAUGGUGGACUGGUUGUGCUGAAGGAUGUGUUACUCGUACCGGGGCUGAAGGCCAAUCUGAUAUCGCUGCGCAAGCUAGGCCAGGCCGGAGUCAGCACCACCACCAAUGGAUCCAAAACAUUCAAGGGGCUGCGAGGAGAUCGUGUGUUAUGGGAUUUACACGAAAGCAGGGAUGUCUUCAGAUCCAUGUGGCAGAUCCCUGCGCUGAUAUGGGAAUCAACAAAGAAGGAGCUGGGAGUAGUAAAGGCGGGAUCUGGAGUCCAGGGGGAGUGCAAUGCAGUUAGUGCUGCAGGAGUGAUGGUUUCUGCAAGGUCGGGGGAGACUGAUUGGGAAACCGCACACAGGCGUCUAGGGCAUGUGGCUAUGCCAUUGCUGCAGCAACUGCAUAAGGAAGAAGCAGUAAAGGGGCUGAAGCUUUCUGGGCAACCAAAUGAUACCAAGUGCGAGACGUGUCUGCUGAGCAAGUUCACACGGUUCCCCUUUCACGGCGUAGCUGGGCAGCACUGGAACUGGUGCACAUGGACCUGGUAGGACCUUUUCCAGUUCAAGGAAGAAAGGGGGAAAGAUACUUCCUAACAAUAGUUGAUGACUGGAGCCGGCUGAUGUGGGCAUACCCGUUGAAGCAGAAGGAUCAUGCUGCCUCAAUAA